AUGCUAUCGAAGUUGAUACUUCCGGCUCUUGCCAGCAUCUUGUUACAAAACACUGCUGUCCAAGCAGCGGGAGAUAUCGACUAUCUCAUCACAUUUGGAGACUCAUACUCUCAAACAUGGUUCGAUAUCAACGGCGAGAAACCUUCCUCUAAGAACCCUAUCGGCAACCCUCCCUUCCCAGGCUGGACAGCAUCCGGCGGGCCCAACUGGGUUGGUAGUAUCGUCACGGAACAGAACAACUCACUCGUCUUGGCAUACAACUUUGCCUAUGGAGGCGCCACCGUCGAUGCAAACAUCAUCAAGCCGUAUCAGGACACUGUCUUGAGCAUGGUGGACCAAGUAAACCAGUUCUCCAACUCAAUCGCUAAGAAGCCCAGUUAUGCACCAUGGAAUGCACAGAAUGCUGUUGCCGGGGUUUGGAUUGGUGUCAAUGAUGUAGGAAAUUCGUUCUAUCUGGGCAACAUGGCCGAUAUUACUGAGAGAGCGGUCUCAAGAUACUUUGAGUUGCUCAAGGUCAUGUAUAAUGCUGGACUGCGAAAGUUUGUCCUGUUGAGCGUCCCACCAACUCAGCUCACACCAACCAUGAUCAAGCAGGGCCCCGAUUCUAACGCUAUGUUGGUCAAGUCCAUCAAUCUAUACAACAGCAAGAUCGCAUCCAAAUUGCAGGCAUUCAAGCAGGCCAAUUCAGGUGUUAAAGCCAUCGUUGUCUACACCUCUAUUUCUUUCAACAAGGCGAUUCAGAACCCCACUGCUUACGGGGCACCGGAUGCUACAUGCUUCAACAACAAUGGAAAGUCAUGUUUGUGGUUUGACGAUUACCAUCCCGGCGUUGCCAUCAACAAGCUUGUCGCAGAACAGGUGGCGACGGCCCUUGAAUCCAAUGGAUUUGGAUGCUUGCUUUCCACUCUCUUCUUAUCAGCGAAAUACCUAAUUCCAAUUUCCAUCGCCUCCAAGCUCCAAAACCCAAUGAUGGCUUUUCCUGACGACCAAAAAAUCGACUUCAAAGUCUUCCAAAACGUUAUCAACAACAAAACAAGCCCAACAUCACAAACCCGCCAUGGCAUUUGCCCAAGCACCGAAGAGCUACUCUGGGAGAGCCCGGUCUCCACCCAGGAAGAUGUUGAUCGCGCUGUAGACGCUGCCAAAGCAGCCUACCCUCUUUGGCGUAAACUGUCACAGGAUGAGCGUUCUGAGUAUUUAGUCAAAUUUGCCGACGCUAUCGAGGCGCAUAAGCAAGAGUUUAUCGACCUGCUCGGUCGUGAAGCCGGAAAGCCACCUCAAGCUGGAGCAUUUGAACUCAUGCUUGUUAUGGAGCAUGUUAGGAAAACGCCCGAGUUGAGGCUCAAAGAAGAGAAGCCUGAGGAUAAUGACGACCGAACUGCCAUUGUACGAUAUGUACCACUGGGUGUAGGUGUAGGCAUUGUUCCCUGGAACUUCCCCAUGAUCCUCGGUAUUGGCAAAGCCUACCCAGCCAUGCUUGCCGGCAACACCUUUAUAUGGAAGCCUUCGCCAUACGCUCCCUACUCUGCUCUCAAGCUUGCAGAGAUUGGAGCUAAGGUCCUUCCUCCAGGCGUAUUUCAAGCUCUCAGUGGAGGAGACGACCUCGGACCGAUGCUUACUGCGCAUCCUGGUGUAGCCAAGGUGAGCUUCACGGGCUCAACAGAGACAGGAAAGAAGAUCAUGGCAUCUUGUGCAUCUACGCUUAAGCGUGUUACACUUGAAUUGGGAGGCAACGAUGCUACUAUAGUGUGUGAGGAUGUUGAUAUCCCCACCGUAGCUGGAAAGGUUGCUUUCCUCGCCUACGUUCACAGCGGACAAAUUUGCAUGAACAUCAAACGCAUCUAUGUUCACGAAAGCAUUUACGACGAUUUCCGUUCCGCUGUAAUCGGCUUUCUUGAAAACAUGAAGAGCGGUGGCUUCUCUGAUGCAGAAGCAUUCUUCGGUCCGAUACAGAAUAAGAUGCAGUUCGAAAAGCUACAGCGUCUUUACGGGGAAAUCGACAAACAAGGAUGGAAAUCCGUAACCAGUUCCGGGGCCACAAAGCCAGAAAAGGGUUAUUACCUCCAGCCUACUCUUAUUGACGACCCACCUGAAGACUCAGAGAUUGUUCAAACUGAACCCUUUGGCCCCAUCGUCCCCAUGAUGAAAUGGUCCGAUGAGGAUGACGUUGUCGCCAGAGCUAAUGCAUCCAACUUGGGUCUUGGUGCAUCGGUCUGGAGCAAGGACGUUCCUCGCGCAAGACGAAUGGCUGAGCAAUUGGAAGCUGGCAGCAUAUGGGUCAACACACACUUCGAAGUUGCGCCUAAUGUGCCUUUUGGUGGUCACAAGAAUAGCGGGAUUGGAAUGGAUUGGGGAGAAGUGGGACUAAAGGGAUGGUGCAACCCUCAGGCAUACUGGGUGAAGCAUUCAGGAGUCUAA